AUGUGGUGUGUGAUCGUGAGUGCGUGCGUUAUUCCUGCAGUGGUCAGUAUCAUAGUGACGGACUACCCACCUACGAGUACGGAGUAUAACUAUUCGUAUAAUGUUAUAAAUCCAUCGACAGGCGACGCGAAAAGUAUACACGAGGUGAGACAAGGAAAUACAGUCACUGGAUCAUAUUCCCUUAUAGAUCCUGACGGGACACGACGCACCGUAAAAUACAUCGCCGGACCGAAGAUUGGUUUCAAAGCGAUCGUACACAGUGAACCUGAAACACCUUAUAAUCCACAAAUCCCUACUCAUAGUCAUCCGUUAGUUCAACUAACACCGAUUCCUUACGUGCAUAAAGUACAGCCGCGUCCAAUUUACGUGCCAGUUACUAAAACUAACAAUAGAAGAUACUUCACGCCGGGUCCCACAGUUGCGGAUAAACCAGCUCUUAAUGAAGGAGAAUAUUUUGCACCUAAUAAAGAUUAUCAUUCAAAUAGAAUCUAG